ACAACUGAAAAAACAGUAAAAAAUUAAAAAGUUUCAAAACAAAAAAUUAAAAAAAAAUAUUUUCAAGUGUUAAAAGUUAAAAUCUAACAAAAAUCCAUCAAAAAAAAUUUUUUAAGUGAAAAAAAGUAAAAAAAUCACCACAAAAAAUGCCUGCAAUUGGAAUUGAUUUGGGAACCACAUACAGCUGCGUUGGCGUUUGGCAGCAUGGCAAAGUCGAGAUCAUCGCAAACGACCAAGGCAACCGCACAACUCCAUCUUAUGUCGCUUUCACGGACACAGAACGCCUAAUUGGCGAUGCUGCCAAGAACCAAGUCGCCAUGAAUCCCAAAAAUACAGUUUUUGAUGCAAAACGUCUCAUCGGGCGCAAGUAUGACGAUCCAAAAAUCCAAGAAGACAUCAAACACUGGCCCUUUGCUGUCGUCCAGGAGAACGGAAAACCCAAAAUUUCCGUCGAAUUCAAGGGAGAACGCAAACGUUUCGCUCCCGAAGAGAUUUCCUCGAUGGUUUUGACAAAAAUGAAGGAAACAGCGGAAGCAUUUUUGGGCAAAUCCGUAACAGAUGCCGUCAUUACCGUGCCAGCUUACUUCAAUGACAGUCAGAGACAAGCCACGAAGGAUGCCGGAGCAAUUGCCGGAUUGAAUGUUAAGAGAAUUAUUAAUGAACCAACGGCAGCGGCACUCGCUUAUGGCUUGGAUAAGAACUUAAAGGGCGAGAAAAAUAUUUUGGUGUUCGAUUUGGGCGGCGGAACGUUCGACGUAAGCAUUUUGACGAUCGAUGAGGGAAGUUUGUUCGAAGUACGAAGCACUGCUGGCGACACCCAUUUGGGCGGCGAGGACUUUGACAACCGUUUAGUCGAUCAUUUGUGUCAAGAAUUCAAGAGAAAAUACAAAAAAGAUGUCAAAUCCAACCCACGAGCCUUGCGUCGCUUGAGAACUGCUUGCGAACGCGCCAAGAGAACACUUUCAAGCAGCACCGAAGCAAGUAUUGAGGUCGAUUCCUUGAUCGAUGGCGUCGAUUUCUACACAAAAGUCUCGCGGGCACGUUUCGAAGAGCUCUGCGCCGAUCUUUUCCGUGGCACAUUGGAUCCCGUGGAGAAAGCCUUGCGCGAUGCAAAGAUGGAUAAGUCCAGUAUUCACGAUAUUGUGCUCGUUGGAGGCUCAACUCGCAUCCCGAAGGUCCAAAAACUGCUACAAGACUUCUUCAAUGGCAAAGAUUUGAACAAAACCAUCAAUCCGGAUGAAGCUGUCGCCUACGGAGCUGCAGUUCAAGCGGCAAUUUUGUCAGGAGAGACAGAUUCGAAGAUCCAGGACGUCUUGUUGGUCGAUGUCGCGCCAUUAUCUCUCGGAAUUGAGACCGCAGGAGGUGUUAUGACGAAGUUAAUCGAGCGAAAUACCCGAAUUCCGUGCAAACAAACGAAAACUUUCUCAACUUAUGCCGAUAAUCAACCGGGAGUGUCGAUUCAAGUGUUUGAGGGUGAACGAGCGAUGACGAAAGACAACAAUAUGCUCGGUAAUUUCGAUCUUUCGGGUAUUCCGCCGGCUCCGAGAGGCGUCCCACAAAUCGAAGUCACCUUCGACUUGGAUGCAAAUGGCAUUUUGAACGUUUCGGCGAAGGAAAUGAGCACCGGAAAUGCCAAAAAUAUCCAAAUCAAGAACGAUAAGGGACGAUUGUCACAAGCGGAAAUCGAUAGAAUGCUUGCCGAAGCUGAAAGAUACAAAGAUGAAGACGAUAAGCAACGUGAAAAGGUCGCCGCUCGCAAUGCGCUUGACAGUGUGAAACAAGCAGUUGAACAAGCGGAUGAUAAGUUGAGCGAAGGGGAGAAACAGACUGUUAAAGAUAAAUUCGAGGAGACGCUCCGCUGGUUGGAUGCAAACACCUUGGCAAAAAAGGACGAAUUUGAUCACAAAAUGCGAGAGUUGCAGAAUGUUUGCACGCCCUUGAUGACAAAGAUGCAUGGCGGAGGUCCUCAAGCUAAUUGUGGACAACAAGCGGGCGGAUUUGGCGGAAGAUCGGGACCGACUGUCGAAGAAGUAGAUUAAGUUGUUGAUUAAUUGUAAAUUUUAAUUUUUUAAGACAAAUAUCCUGUGAAUUCUCAAUUGUUUUUUAGAUUUUUUUUGUUCCUAAAGCCGAAUUACCAUAAAAAUUGUACAUUUUUGUAAAUAUUUAGCUGAACUUGUACAUUUUGUUUGUAACCACCGCUAAGUCAAAAUAAAGUAUUAAAUUUAGG